CUUGAGAGAAGGAAGCGGAGGAAAACCGGACCGAGACCACUUUCACUUAUCCGUUCCUCACGCGCCUCCUGGGGUUCCCGGAGCCACCGCGAGGUUCUGCCCUGAGUGGAACCGGGUCGGAACAGAUUUAAAGUCCGGAGGAAAACAAGUCAGUGAUGACCGACUUUAUUGGGACUAAAAAGGCUUAAAGAUUUUGUUUUUGUCUGAAACGUGAAGAACAGCAGGAGCGGCCGGGACCCCCCACACCUGUCAGGUGGACUCCAUCACUACUUCCCUUCGUCUCCACUUUAUCUGUCUGUGUGUGUGUGUGUGCGUGUGUGUGUGUGUGUGUGUGUGUGUGUGUGUGCGUGCGUGCGUGCGUGCGUGCAUGCGCCGCUGUUGAGCAGCAUGUCUGUUUGUUGGCCAGCAGCACAAGUAGCAUUAUGAUGGAAGUCAAGGAGCAACGUCCAUACUGUUCACUCAGCAAACACCGAAAAGACAAGAAGGGUUGUUCAGGAGACAGUGAGGACUGUGCUGUUGGCUCCCAAGGUCGAGUCCCAACUCAGAAGUCCUACUCAUCAAGCGAAACACUCAGAGCCUUUGAUCAGCUCCAAGACCAGACCAGGCUGCUGUACAGCACCACCAGGAGGUACAAGGGCAUGGUUCAGCAGGAGCAGGAUAGUUACAGCAGUCAGGGUCAGCAUUUCCGUCUCCGUCAGCUGGGGAUCUGUGAGCCACCGCCUCGCUGUAGCAUUCCUUUUUGCUCUGAUAUUGGUCUUCCUCACCGUGGCUUCUCUGUGGGUCCAGCGCAUGACCUGGACACCAACAAUCAGUCUGUGAUGUCCCCAGAACAAGCCAUGCAGCUGUGGGGCCACGGAGGUCUGGGUAAAUCUUCUGGGAGGAGUUCCUGCCUGUCCAGCCGUUCCAACUCAGUGCUGACCCUCACUGAUACCGAACACGAGAACAAGUCAGACAGUGACAACGGUCUUCCCAUGCCCUCCCCUUCUCGCCCAUCACCUGUCAUUGACCAGUCACACACUCCAUCCCAUCUACAUGUCAACCCACUGUUAGGCCAAGUUAUUGAGCCAGACACAGAUGAAGAGAACGAAGAGGAGGAGGAGGACGGCCAGUACCACCUCUACCCACCUCUGUCACAUGAACAGCCAGCUAGUCAUCAAGGUUCCAGCCUGCCUCCUGUCUCUCUCCCUCACCACCAGCAACCCUCAGUAACAACUUUGAACCAAGCCCUGAGCUGUGCUCAUCACACUGGACAGACACUCAGUUUGUCACGGCAGCUAACACCGCCUUUUGAAAGCCCAGCCCCAGUGCCUGGCGAAUCACCAGCCGAGCUGCAGACCAAUCCAGAGAGCGUCCCGCUGCAAGACAGCUGGGUGCUGGGUAGCAAUGUGCCUCUGGAAACCAGGCACUUCCUCUUUAAAACAGGUACAGGUACCACCCCCCUCUUCUCAACAGCCACUCCUGGCUACACCAUGGCAACGGGCUCAGUUUAUACACCGCCCACCAGGCCAUUACCAAGGAAUACCCUGUCACGCUCUGCCUUUAAGUUCAAGAAGUCCUCCAAGUACUGCUCAUGGCGGUGUACAGCAUUCAGUGCUGUUGGUCUGUCUGUUCUGCUCUCGGUCCUGCUCUGUUACUGCAUUGCUAUGCAUUUGUUCGGCCUGAACUGGCAGCUUCAGGAGAGUGACGGUUAUGGGGAAACAUUUGAAAAUGGAGGAGCAGAAAGUGAUACAACUUCUCACACCUUUGUGGGAUCAGCUGACAAUGGCAAGAUGUUUUUUCUAGAGAACAACACCAUAGACACAGGAGAAGUGGACGUGGGAAGACGAAUCACACAAGAUGUCCCGCCAGGUGUGUUCUGGAGGUCCCAGCUUUAUAUUGACCAACCCCAGUUCUUGAAAUUCAACAUAUUUCUCCAUAAAGAUGCCCUGGUUGGGGUGUAUGCACGAAAAGGCCUACCACCGUCACAUACACAGUAUGACUUCGUUGAGCUGCUGGAUGGAAGUCGCCUUAUUUCCAAAGACAAACGAGCUCUCAGCGAUAGAGACUUGGUGUAUGCACACUUGGAUAUUUAUCAAGAGGUCGAGUCUGAUGGGGGAUCUCGACACACUCGCUCUGUCGGUGUAUUUGAGGCAGGCUUCAUCCAGUACCUGGACUCGGGAAUCUGGCAUCUGGCAUUUUACAACGACGGGCGAAACACAAACCAAAUCUCUUUCAACACUAUCAUCACAGCGUCGAUUAUGGAGUGUCCUCAAAAUUGCCAUGGAAAUGGCGAUUGUCUCUCGGGGGUAUGCCAGUGUUUCCCAGGGUUUUUGGGUCCUGAAUGCUCUCGAGCUUCCUGCCCGGUGCUCUGCAGUGGGAAUGGUCAGUACUCCCGUGGCCGCUGCCAAUGCUACAGCGGGUGGAAAGGUACAGAGUGUGAUGUGCCAUCAAAUCAGUGCAUCGACAUCAAUUGUGGAGGACAUGGGAUCUGCAUGAUGGGCUCCUGCAUUUGUAACACCGGCUAUAAGGGUGACAACUGUGAGGAAGUUGACUGCAUUGAGCCCAGCUGUUCAGUCCACGGCGUGUGUAUUCAUGGAGAGUGUCACUGCCAGCCCGGAUGGGGUGGAUCGAGCUGUGAGAUCGCCAAAGCCAUGUGUCCGGAUCAGUGCUCAGGCCACGGAGCCUACAACACAGAGACCAGCUCUUGUGCAUGUGAUCAGAACUGGACUGGGCCAGAUUGCUCUCUGGAAAAGUGUGCUAUGGCCUGUGGCAGUCAUGGAGUGUGCUAUGGUGGUGUGUGUCGCUGUGAGGAUGGGUGGACAGGAAGUGCAUGUGACCAAAAGGCCUGCCAUCCUCUGUGUAACAAAAAUGGAGUCUGUAAGGACGGGAAGUGUGAGUGUGACCAAGGAUGGACAGGGGAGCAUUGUAACAUUGCUCACAAUCCGGACACUAGAGUAAAAGAAGGCUGCCCAGGUCUAUGCAACAACAAUGGCCGAUGUACUCUGGAGUCUAGUGGAUGGCAUUGCAUCUGCCAGCCAGGAUGGAGAGGGGAUGGCUGCCACGUUGCCAUGGAAAUGCUUUGUAAUGACGGCAAAGACAAUGAAGGAGAUAGUCUGGCUGACUGUAUGGAUCCAGACUGCUGUCUGCUGCCUUCCUGUCAGAACCAGCUGUACUGCAAAGGUUCACCAGACCCAGUGGAGGUGCUUAGCCAGUCUCCAUCCUCACUGGCUCCUCAGCAAGCUGCCAGAUCUUUUCAUCAGCGCAUUCACUUCCUGGUUGGUCCAGAAUCUACUCACAUCCUUAUGGGAGAAAGUCCAUUCAACAGAAGCUUGGUGUCAGUAAUUAGAGGCCAGGUGCUGACUUCUGAUGGAACACCUCUGAUUGGAGUCAAUGUGACAUUUGCUCACUAUCCUGAUCAUGGAUUCACUAUAACACGCAGGGAUGGAAUGUUUGACAUCCUGGCCAAUGGAGGAGCAUCCUUAACAUUACGUUUUGAGCGACCUCCAUUCCUAACCCAGUACAGGACGGUGUGGUUGCCGUGGAAUGUUUUCUAUGUGAUGGACACAUUGGUCAUGAAGAAGGAGGAGAAUGACAUUCCAAGCUGUGACCUCAGUGGUUUCAUCAGACCCAGUCCAGUCGUUGUUGCAUCCCCUUUGUCUAGAUUCUAUAGAGAGUCUCUGGAGGAGGGCCCUAUCAUUCCUGAAACUCAGGUUCUGCAAGAAAAAACGUCAAUUCCAGGCAGUGCUCUUCACCUAAUCUUCUUCAGCUCCAGAGCUGCUGGAUAUAAACCAGUCCUCAAAGUCUCCAUGACACAGUCAUCAAUUCCAUUCAGUCUGAUGAAGGUCCAUCUAAAGGUGGCAGUGGUGGGUCGCCUCUUCCAGAAAUGGUUCCCUGCUCAACCCAAUUUGUCCUACACCUUUAUCUGGGACAAGACAGAUGCCUAUGGCCAGCGUGUCUAUGGACUGUCAGAGGCAGUUGUGUCUGUGGGCUUUGAAUAUGAGUCCUGCCUAGACCUCAUUCUGUGGGAGAAGAGAACAGCCAUACUGCAAGGCUACGAAAUGGAUGCUUCCAACAUGGGAGGGUGGACUCUUGACAAACAUCACAUUCUGGAUGUACAGAAUGGUAUACUGUACAAAGGAAAUGGUGAGAAUGUCUUCAUCUCCCAGCAGCCUCCUGUCAUCAGUAGCAUCAUGGGGAAUGGCCGUCGCCGGAGUAUCUCAUGUCCCAGCUGUAAUGGACAGGCAGAAGGCAACAAGCUGCUGGCACCUUUGGCUCUUGCAUGUGGAGCAGACGGUAGCCUUUAUGUUGGGGACUUCAACUACAUUAGGAAAAUCUUUUCCUCUGGGAACGUUACCAGUGUCAUGGAGCUGAGAAACAAAGAUUUCAGGCAUAGUAACAACCCUGCUCACCGGUACUACCUAGCUACCAACCCAGUGACAGGGCAGCUCUACGUGUCUGACACUAACUCAAGAAGAAUUUACCGACCCAAGAAUCUUAACGGGGCCCAUGACCUCUCCGCUAAUGUGGAGGUAGUGGCCGGAACAGGAGAGCAGUGUCCUCCUUUUGAUGAGGCCCGCUGUGGGGAUGGGAGGAAAGCCACCGAGGCUCUGCUGCUGGGACCCAAAGGGAUUGCCGUUGAUAAGAAUGGGCUGAUCUACUUUGUGGAUGGGACGAUGAUCAGGAAAGUUGAUCGGAAUGGAAUUAUCUCUACAGUUCUGGGCAGCAAUGAUCUAACCUCUGCACGACCUUUGACCUGUGAUACCAGCAUGCACAUAAGACAGGUUCGAUUAGAAUGGCCCACAGACCUAGCCAUCAGUCCCAUGGAUAACUCCAUUUAUGUUUUGGACAACAAUGUUGUGUUGCAGAUCACUGAAAAUGGACAGGUUCGUAUUGUGGCCGGUCGGCCCAUGCACUGCCAGGUGCCUGGUAUAGAGUACACACUGGGUAAGAGGGCAGUGCAAACCAUGCUAGAGGGAGCCACAGCUAUCGCCUUAUCGUACAGAGGUGUUCUCUACAUCGCAGAAACAGAUGAGAAGAAAAUCCAUCGCAUCAGACAGGUGUCAACUGAUGGAGAAAUUACCCACCUAGCUGGUGCAGCGUCUGAUUGUGACUGCAAGGAUACCAGCUGUGACUGUUAUCAAACAGGAGAUGGCUAUGCUAAGGACGCCAGACUUAACUGUCCUUCAUCUUUAGUGGUGUCUCCAGAUGGGACACUGUAUGUGGCUGAUUUGGGAAAUAUCCGGAUUCGAUCCAUACGAUGCAACCAACCACGCACCGGCUCUUUAGCGUCAGGUCCCAACUCCUAUGAAGUGGCUUCUCCAGCUUCUCAGGAACUUUAUGUUUUCGAUGCAAAUGGGACUCACCAGUUCACCAUGUCUCUGGUCACUGGAGACUAUAAAUACAACUUUAGCUACAGCAAUGAGGAAGAUGUUACCGCUGUGACAGACAGCAGUGGGAACACUCUUCGAAUUCGCAGAGACAGCAACAGGAUGCCUGUACGUGUGGUUGCCCCUGACAAUCAGGUGAUCUGGCUGACCAUUGGGACGAAUGGAGGUCUGAAGUCUCUCACAGCUCAGGGUCAGGAAUUGGUUUUACUGACUUAUCAUGGAAACAGUGGCCUUCUGGCAACCAAGAGCAUCCAAAUUGGCUGGACCACCUUCUAUGAUUAUGACAGUGAAGGUCGUCUGACUAAUGUGACCGUCCCUACUGGAGUGGUAACCAGUCUCCACAGCGACAUGUCUUCAGGAGCUAUUGGAGUCGAAAUUGAGACAUCAGGGAAAGAUGAAGAUGUUUCCAUAACUACAAACCUGUCCUCGAUACACUCCUUCUACACUUUGAUGCAGGACCAGCUUCGUAACAACUACCAAGUGGGUAAUGACUGUUCCCUGAGAGUCGUCUACGCCAAUGGGAUGGAUACACACUACCAGACAGAGCCACAUAUACUUGCAGGUGCUGCUAACCCUACUGUUGCUCGACGCAACAUGACUCUGCCAGGAGACAAUGGUCAGAACUUGGUGGAAUGGAGGUUUAGAAAGGAGCAAACUCAAGGAAAGGUCAUUGUAUUUGGAAGAAAACUGAGGGUAAAUGGGCGAAACUUAUUGUCAGUAGAUUAUGAUCGCACAUUACGGACAGAGAAAAUUUAUGAUGACCACAGGAAGUUCAUUCUAAAGAUCAUCUAUGACAUCCAAGGUCAUCCAGCACUCUGGAUUCCUAGUAGCAAGCUGCUGUCAGUCAACUUAACGUUCUCCAGCACAGGGCAGGUGACAGGCCUUCAGAGGGGUUCAACCACAGAGAGAUGGGAGUAUGACAGUCAAGGAAGAAUCAUUUCCCGAGUUUUCGCUGAUGGAAAGAUAUGGAGCUACACAUAUUUAGAUAAGUCCAUGGUCCUACUGCUGCACAGCCAGCAUCAGUACAUCUUUGAAUAUGACUCGGGGAAUCGUCUGUCUGCAGUUACCAUGCCCAGUGUGGCUCGACAUACCAUGCAGACCAUCAGAUCCAUUGGAUACUACAGAAACAUAUACACCCCACCAGAAAGCAAUGCCUCUGUCACUGUUGACUACUCGGAAGAUGGACAGCUUCUCAGACUUUCCCACCUAGGUACUGGUCGACAGAUACUAUACAAAUAUCGCAGACAGAAUAAGCUGGCAGAGAUUCUUUAUGAUUCAACACGAGUCAGUUUUACGUAUGAUGAGACUGCCGGGGUGCUUAAGACGGUUAACUUACAAAGUGAAGGUUUCAUCUGCUCCAUUCGGUUCCGCCAAAUCGGCCCUCUGGUUGAUCGACAGAUAUUCCGCUUCAGUGAAGAUGGGAUGGUGAAUGCACGCUUUGACUAUACCUACGACAACAGUUUCAGGGUCACCAGCAUGCAGGCUGUAAUCAACGAGACGCCACUGCCAAUCGAUCUCUACCAAUUCGAUGACAUAUCUGGGAAAAUGGAACAGUUUGGAAAGUUUGGAGUCAUUUAUUAUGACAUCAACCAGAUCAUAUCAACCACUGUGAUGUCCUACACCAAACAUUUUGACCAGCAUGGCCGCAUCAAGGAGAUCCAGUAUGAAAUUUUCAGGUCUUUAAUGUACUGGAUCACUAUUCAAUAUGACAACAUGGGCCGAGUCACCAAGCGCGAGAUCAAGAUUGGACCUUUCGCCAAUACAACCAGAUAUGGUUAUGAGUAUGAUGAUGAUGGACAGCUUCUGACAGUCUCCCUCAAUGAGAAGCUGAUGUGGAGAUAUAGUUACGACCUGAAUGGAAAUCUGCACUUGUUGAAUCCAGGAAACAGUGGUCGUUUAACCCCUUUACGCUACGACCUGAGGGACAGAAUCACUCGUCUGGGAGACAUUCAUUACAGGCUGGAUGAAGAUGGAUUUUUGAGACAGAGAGGAACUGAAAUAUUUGAAUUCAAUUCCAAAGGUCUUUUAAUUCGUGUGUACAGUAAGGCAUCUAGUUGGACGAUCCAGUAUCGCUAUGAUGGCUUGGGGCGGCGUGUGGCAUCAAAAAAUAGUCUGGGACAACACUUGCAGUUUUUCUAUGCUGAUCUGAACUACCCCACAAGGAUCACUCAUGUCUACAACCACUCAAGCUCGGAGAUCACAUCGUUCUACUAUGAUCUGCAGGGUCAUGUGUUUGCCAUGGAGAUCAGCAGUGGAGAAGAGUUUUAUAUUGCAUGUGACAACACCGGCACUCCUCUGGCUGUCUUUAGCAACAACGGACUCCUGCUGAAACAAGUGCAGUACACGGCCUAUGGAGAGGUUUACUUUGACUCAAAUCCAGACUUUGUCCUGGUGAUUGGUUUUCAUGGAGGUCUGUAUGAUCCUUUGACUCGUCUGCUUCACUUUGGAAGCAGAGAUUAUGAUAUUCCUGCUGGGAGGUGGACUACUCCUGACAUCAGCACCUGGACACGUGUUGGUAAAGAUCCGCAACCCUUUAACUUGUAUAUGUUCAGAGGAAAUAACCCCAUCAGCAAAAUCCAUCAAGUCAAAGAGUAUGUUACAGAUGUCAACAUCUGGUUGGUUACUUUUGGCUUUCAUCUUCACAACGCUAUCCCUGGAUUCCCGAUUCCCAUGUUUGAUCUGACAGAGCCAUCACUGGAGAUGAAAAAGACCCAGCUGUGGGAUGACCUGCCUACCAUCUCAGGCAUCCAACAAGAGUUGACUCGUCAGUCGGCUUCCUUUCUGUCUUUUGAGCGUAUGCCAGCAAUUCAAGUCAGCCAGAGACAUACAGACCACAUCAAGCCAUGGCUGUGGUUUGCAACAGUUAAAUCUCUAAUUGGAAAAGGGGUGAUGUUUGCUGUGGUCCAGGGACGUGUAGUGACCAAGACUCAGAACAUUGCCAGUGAGGACUGCAUCAAAGUGGCUGGAGUUCUGAACAAUGCCUUUUAUCUAGAGGACCUACAUUUUACAGUAGAGGGACGUGACACACACUACUUCAUCAAGACCAGCCUGCCUGAGAAGGACCUCAGUACACUGCAACUCACUUCAGGCAGGAAGUCACUAGAAAAUGGUGUGAAUGUCACCGUGUCCCAGUCUACAACUGUGAUGAACGGGAGAACACGGCGCUUUGCUGACAUAGAAUUGCAGUAUGGCCCUCUGGCACUCCACGUGCGCUAUGGGACAACUCUGGAUGAAGAAAAAGCAAGGGUCCUGGAGCAGGCAAGGCAGAGGGCUGUGACGACCUCUUGGGCUCGAGAACAACAGCGAGUAAGAGUUGGGGAAGAAGGCAUAAAGCUGUGGACAGAAGGAGAGAAAAGGCAGCUGCUGAGCAGUGGAAAGGUGUUGGGAUAUGAUGGUUACUAUAUUCUGUCCAUAGAGCAGUACCCCGAGCUGGCUGACAACGCCAACAACAUUCAUUUCCUACGACAGAGUGAAAUAGGGAGAAGGUAACACAUCAGGAGCAAAGUGACUGUGUACGUUUUAAAAAAAGGUUGCCCCAGAUGGAACUGUUAAUGACCUGGCCUCUAAUAAUUUUUUUCCUUUGUUUUAAGUUUGAUUUAUUUUUCUAACAGACCCGAAACACAAAUCUAUGGUUAAUAUCCGGCCCGGUAAAAGGUUUUUAACCUGUGUAAAUGCAAAUUUCUCUCUUUUUUGAUAUGCCUUCUGAUGAAUGUCCGUUUACUUCAGUGUGUUAGGUCAGCCAUAUUUCUGUUUAAUGUUUACUCUUUUGGAUGAUGAAGGAACAUAGAGACCAGUUUGGAUGGCCACCUUUGUGUUUGAGCAUCCAUCAGAAGUAUUUAAACAGCUGUAAACUGUGCAUCCAUUCCAGAUGUUGUUGGGUCCUAAAUUUCUCUGAGUUGAGUCCUGUCUUUGGGACUUUUUGUUCUUUGAAAUAAGUCAGAAUAUAACUGUCAGUGUUUCUCUCACUCUAAGAGAGGCAGGCACAGUAAAAUAUCUGAAUUUGUAGAAUGAGAAAAAUGUUUUUGUUUGAAAUGUGUUGUUUCGUCUUCACAGAAAAUAGUAUUUUGUUAGGACCUGAAAAUAUUUUUAAAAAAUCAACAAAAAAAAAAAAGGCAUUUACAUCCUGAUGCAUUGCACUAUUCCUGCUACAACUACACUCUCACCAACACAUUAGAUCAUGAAAGUCAAAACCAAAUUUUGUCUUUUUUUUUUAUUUUGGGGCAGUUUAGUUUAAUCUAUCAGCACGUAGCAUUUUUGUAGCAAAUCUAGACCAUAGUAAGAGUGACAUUUGCAGAGGCAAUUUGGGGGCUACAUGGGGGCUGUGUAGGUUCAACAGUCCCAUACAUCUCUGGUUCGCUCCAAAACAAGUCUUUCACUUCUGCAGAUUGUAAUUCAGCUACAUUACGCAUAACCUUGUGAUUUUUGUCAGUCAAAGGUAGCAGUACUGCUUGCAAUAAAACUAUGUCAUGAAUUGGGGUUGUUUUUGCUUAAAGACGGUACAUUUCCAUUAGUAAAAUAAAUGAGUAACCAUUACAGAUAAAAAGGUGUGAAUGUUCUCUCAUUGUUUGUGCUUUUUGUUGUUUAUGGGACCUUUUGUGUUUACAAUGAUUAACUGUAAUCAUUUAAAAAAAAACAUGUUUUAAAUUUUACCUUUUUUCAGAGACAUGGCAAGAUCAUAUUACCUUUACAUGGAAGGUUGAGAAAUUCCUUUUAUCUAUACAUCAGUAUUAGUCUCAGAGGAAGUAACCUAUGUACAGUGUUUCUACCGUAAAUAAUAAAAACCCUUAAAAUAUUA